UUGAGACAUACAUUAACUUUCUGCCAUUGCUAAAAAAUUGCAAACUUAAAAAACAAAGUAGAUUAAAUGUAAAUGAAAAUAUUAGAUCAGGACUCAUUAUUUUAAAAUGUGUUGAAGAGGCAAUUGACUAUAUUUCUUGGAAAACCAUUCAAGGACAAGUGAAAUUGACAAAUAAGCUGGAUGAUCUACUUGAACUUACUGACAAGGGUCAUGCAAGAGUAGCUAAAAUCAAACAAGGUUUAGCUUUAGAUUUAAUAGUGUAG